AUGGUCAACGCCAAAGAUGGCACAAAGAAGAGGAAGCCCCCUACAUUCCGGCACCUCCCUGUCAACCGUGCCAAGAAGCUCAAGCAAUCGUGGGUUGAAGUGCAAAAGGUCAAGAGCCAAUGGAAGGCUCAAAAGCGCAAGGAAGGGAUCAUAACGAAGGGCAGACAAUUGGAGGAAUUAGUGGCGAAUGAACAGGAAGUGAUUUCCGAUUUGGAGGAAGGUGACGAUGAACUACGCCAAGAUUCUGGUAGUGCUGCUGAGUCAGGUGCUGAGGAACGUUCUCGCAAUGAGGAGGACGGAAAUGAGGGAGAUAGUGCCGAAGCGUCCGAGGAUGCCUCAUCUCCGCGAAUGAAGCCUCCGUCUGCGAAAGAGACACGCACCAAAGAGUCUACGGAGGAGAAGAAACCGACGUUGCGAGACCUUCAAAGACAAGCUUAUUCACGGACUUCCUUGCACACGCACAAAUCUGAUCCUCUACAUAGUCGCCGAGGUGCUGAUGCGAGCCGUGGAACGUCGUCCGGCGGCCGUGGACGCGGACAAGAAAGAGGACGAGGCAGAGGCAGGGGCGCAUCCUUGAGAGGCCAGCCCGACAUGCGUCUUCGCAUGAACGCUUUGCUCGAGAAAAUCAAGCGGGACUUUGCCUGA